CAAAUACGCAUAACUAAACAAGCUGAAGCUCCAAGUGCGCGAAGAAGAAAAUUCGAAGCGGAAGAAGGUGAAGCGCUCAAGCGGCUAGGGCGAACCCUUCUUCAACCGUCCACAUCGCCGUCCAGCCUCCAGGGCCCUGCAUCGGUGGCGGCCGGCUGUUCUGCCGUUUUGCCGCUCUGUGCUUUCCAACGCGAACUCAGGGCCCUCCAGCGCGAACCCUCCUGCGGUCCUGCACAAGCUGCAUUCCUGUCGUCUCGCGCCUCCAGCUCUCUGCUCUCCUUCAGGUGAGGAUGCUGAUAGAUAAGAGUUGGAUAUAUAUAAAGAAUCGAUUAUCGAAAGAGUAUUGGAAUGGUUUGAGUGGUUUUAUAGACUAUGCAAAAGACUUUGCGAAUGAAGAAGGAAAUAUAAGUUGUCUUUGUAAACAAUGUGUGAAUGAAAAAAUGCUUCCAUUGAAAGACGUUAAGCGACAUAUCUUUGAAUCUGGGUUUGAUGUGAUAUGCGCAUUGGGUUUUUCAUGGUGAGCCACCUGAGAUACCAUCAUUUCUGAAUUCAAAUGUAGAAUAUGAGGCAGAGGAUGAAAUGGCUGCAGUACUGAAUGACAUUGCUGGAGAAACUCACGAUCAUGGCAUAAGAGGUGAUACCACAUAUAUUAUGGGUGAUGGAAUGCCUACUCAAUUUGAGGAUCUAUUAUUUGAGCUUCAUGCGGAGUUGUAUCCAGGGUGCACUAAAGUUUCUUCGCUAAAUUUUUUAGUAAAACUUAUGCACUUGAAAGUACUCUAUAAGUGGGCGAACGAGUGCAUGGAUUCAGUGGUAAAGUUGCUAAAAGAUGUACUUCCUGAUGGUAAUAAGUUACCAACUUCUCAUUACGAGUCAAAGAAAAAGUUGAGCAAAUUGGGACUAGGCUACGAAAAGAUUCAUGUGUGUAAGAAUGAUUGUGCUUUGUUCUGGAAGAGUAAUGCUGAUUUGCAAACAUGUCCAAUUUGCAACACGAGCUGGUGGAAAAAUGAAAGGGGGGAAAAGUUCCAUGGAAAGUUCUCCACUAUUUUCCAUUGAAGGAUAGAUUGAGACGAUCAUUUGUUUAACGACACACCUCCAAAGAAAUGACAUGGCAUCAAAUGGGUAAAUCAACUGAUCCAGACAUGAUGCAACAUCCACUUGAUGGCAAAGAAUGGAAAGAGUUUGAUGAGAACUACCCCGACUUUGCUAGUUAACAACGAAAUGUUCGAUUGAGUUUAUGUGCAUAUGGAUUCAAUCCAUUUGGAUACAUGAGUUUAUCAUAUAGUUUAUACAUGAAUUAAUUGAAUCUACA